AUGGCUGCACAAGAGGACAGCGUCAAAGCCGCCGAAGUGCUCUAUGCUGCCGGAGCCGAACUUGAUCCCGUGACCAUGGCCGGCUAUACGCCCUUGCACACCGCUUGCCACUUCGGCCAGAUGAAUAUGGUCAAGUUCUUGCUCAGUAAGGGCUGCGACGUGGAUGCCCUUACGCAACUUGGCUCCUCUGCCCUGCAUUUGGCUGCUCAACAGGGCCAUCCGCAAGUCAUCUACGUCCUUCUUGAUCAUGGCGCCGACCCCAACAUCCUUAACAAGUCUGUGUUAAACCCCAACUUAAAGUGGUGUGAGAAGAUGGAUGACGUCUUCCGUGAAAUCCUUGAAGUACAGGAGCGUUCACCAAAAUUCAAAGCCACUGCGGUUUUGAUUCUCGUGUUGUUUGCAUAUACACCAAUUGACGGACUUACACGGGAAUCCAUUUGUUCUGAGCACCUGAUGAAGGCACUGUAA